AUGUAAUAAAAGAAAAGAAAAAUAAAUGCACACACAAUGUUCGUGGAAGUCUCUCAACGAUGAUUCAACUUCUGAACGCAUUUAUUGCUGGAAACUCGCCUAUAGUCCUUGCAAGCUCUGUAACAUUAAAUACUCUCUCCUCAAAUAGCCAUAAAGAUCACACACAUUUUUCUUUCACCAGUAAAUCCCUUUCCAAUUUAUGUCACAAUACCCUCUCCCAGCCUUCAAGUCUUGCCAACGUACACGAGACUACUCACUUGAAAGUAAGGAUGGGAAGAACACCUUGUUGUGAGAAGAUGGGGUUGAAGAAAGGUCCUUGGACAGCUGAAGAGGAUGAGAUUCUUGUCAAUUAUAUAAAAAAGAAUGGUGGUCAUGGAAGUUGGCGUUCUCUUCCUAAGUUAGCAGGUCUUCUCCGUUGUGGAAAGAGUUGUCGGCUGAGAUGGACAAACUACCUCAGACCAGAUAUUAAACGUGGUCCUUUUACACUUGAGGAAGAAAAACUAAUCAUACAGCUUCAUGGUAUCCUUGGAAAUAGGUGGGCUGCAAUAGCCUCUCAGCUACCAGGCAGAACAGACAAUGAGAUAAAAAACUUAUGGAACACCCACUUGAAGAAACGUCUCAUUUGCAUGGGCCUGGACCCACAAACCCACCAGCCACUGGGCUCUUCACGUAACCCAAACGACAAGGCCCAUGGAUCCUCCACUUCAACCCGCCACAUGGCCCAAUGGGAGAGUGCAAGGCUUGAAGCAGAGGCCAGGCUCUCAAGGGAAUCAUCCUCCUUUGGGUCCAAACCUGACUCUGACUAUUUUCUCCGAAUCUGGAACUCUGAAGUUGGAGAAUCUUUCCGAGGUGUGCACAAAUCAGAUAAUAACAACAAAAGUAGUUCUCAGAGUCCCAUUUCUGUAGGGUCCUAUUCCAACAAAUGUGGCUCAGUUUCAGUUUCAGCCACCACUACUUCCAACCAUGUUGCAUCAUCAAGCAUUGUGAAAGAAGAUUUGGAUUCUUCAUGCUCUAGUGAACUGGAAGACUCAUCUGACACUUCAUUACAGCUCUUGUUAGACUUUCCCAUAAACAAUGACAUGAGCUUCUUGGAAUGAGCCAUGUCUUGUUUGCACCAACCAC